UAAGGCCUCCAGUUGUCCCAUAGGCUUUCUCUUCGAAAGCUUCUUUCUUCGCUCCAAAUUCAGCCUUUCUCUCCGAAAACAAGAUGAAGCUGCUGCUGUUGUUGUCGCUGCUGGCUGUCGUUCUUCAGUUAGCAAUUGCAACACCAACGGGAUACACCAGGCUACAAUCCUCAUACUUGCCGGCGGCUAUCACUGACAACGAUACCCCAUCACACACUCCAGCCAUCAGUGAAAACGAUACCCCAUUUGUGCCGGCAGAAAUUUUGUUCAAUCCAUGCACAUCAACUCUUGUGGUCAAUCGCUACAAGACAGAAACAGUUAACAAAUAUGAAACAAUUGUCUCAACUCAGUAUGGAACCACUCGUAAUUUUGUAAAAAAUUUGCAAACUAAGCAUGCUAUUCGGACCACUGAGGUUAUUGCUCACGCGUCGGUGACUCAAGACAUUACCGUGACCGUUCAAGACUUGUUAACUGAGACUAAAGUAACCACUGUUCAAGUCCAGCCUCCUGCAGUUUACAGAACCACUAAUAAAUUAGUGACAUUCACGCUCACCAACACUAAUGUCGUAACCGAUAGAACUACAUCCAAUGUGUUUGACAUUAACACCGGCGUUCAUCAUGAAGUAGCCACAGCCUAUAUCACUAGCACUAAGGUACAGAGAGUCACUCAACAUGUGUCAGUAACGCCAGAAGUAGUUUUCGAUACUAGAGUUAUUACUCAAACUAUUGUGAUGACUGAAGAAGUUAAAGCUCAGCCAAUAAUAGUUCCUGUUGUAGAAUAUUCCACUGUCUCUGUGCCCAGCGUUAAUCUCGUUACUCAGGCUCCUGUUUUCAUAACAAACACUGAAAUUCUACCUCAAAUCACCAGCGUGGCUACCAAACAAGUCAGUCUUUUGUUUUCAACCACCUAUAUCGCCAAUCAGGUAACCUCGGCUACGCAGGUUACUACGACAGUUCACAGAACAAAGAUUAACACAAAGACGCUGUAUGAAACAGAAACUAUUGUCCACAAGGAGAUCCAGAUAGACACUAGUACCGUCUUGGUGCCGUUCACGACGGAGAUUUGGUCCACUACCACUGAAGUUGUAGGUGCACCAAAGAUAGUAAACUCCGACAUACACAACACCGUUUGGAUCAGUACACGAGUAUCGCACGAUGUAGUACUUACUACCACAUCCGUGUCGUUCCACCGAGCCUUUGCUACACGUGUACUAAGGGCUCCUGCGGUCACUGUAUUCCAAACACAAACAAUUAGACAGAACUGCGCGGUCACAUCACGUCCUCAAGGAUACAAUUACAAUCCACCAGCGAAGCCUUGGUCCUUCUAUUAAAGAAUGAGAUCAUCGCUAAGUAUUGCUGGGGCACUGCUGCUCUUGGCUGUCGUGCAGCUGUCGUCAUCUGCCAAGCUACCUAUCGGUCCAACGCAAGGAUUUUCAUUUGGGUCAUCUGGUCCAUCGCAGAGCUCUGUGCGGGGCCUGUAUGGCCCUCCACAACAAGUAAACUCUCCUCCUCUUCAACCUCAACAGCCUGAAGUCAACACUCAGUUUCCUGUGGGAUUCCCACCAUCUUCGGGGUUGUUCCCUGUUGGACCUGGAAACGCUCCUCAAUCUCCGGGCGGAUUACAUGAUUCGUUUCCUGAAAUUCCCGAUGCCGCCCCUCCUUCGUCCAAUUUAUUACCUCAAGCUCCUACUUUUCCUGGUAACGAUUUACAGUCAUCUCGUUGCGUUAUUGAAACUGUCAUCAAUACAAACACCAUUACUGCCACAAAUGUCAUGCCCACCACAUCGUACGUCUUAGCUACGACUUCAAUCAACGAAUAUGUUACACGUACUGAAACCGUUUACGACACAGUGACAAACACACGAGUGAUUGAAGACAAAUUUUCACGCACCCACAGUCGGACCAUUUACUCUACUACCACAGCUAUGAAUGUCGUCACUCAGACGCUUCCGGCCCAAACACAGACCAUAGAACUCACCUCUACCACUACAGUUGUAAGCAACGUCGUGCAACACACUACCUUGGUGGACACUGUGGUGGUAAAGAGAACCAAAUACCACACAAAAACGUUGAGCACCAGUUCAGUUGUAACCGAAUUCUUUGACCAGACAGAAACCAUUUACUCCGACCUCCCUGCGUCAACAAUCGUUUACACGGAUUUAAGAUCUGUUUACCAAACCACUACCUUGGUGAGGCCAGCGCAAACAAUUUAUGAUACAAGGACCUCAACCAUUGACCAGACCGUACCCGUCUUUAGUACCGUCGCAGGUGCAACCUCGUAUGUUGUUUCCACAUCAUAUACUCCUUCUAUUAUCUACUAUCCUUCCAUUGCAUUUGAGACCAACGUCAUAACAUCAAAUGUUCCCCACACGUUUUACCGAACUCAUACUCUCACAGAAACAAAUACGAUCUACCAAGUUAGAGAUGUCACAUAUCCUGCAGUCGUCGAUUCAACAAGCACUUGGUCGACAUCCGUCAUUGUCACACAGGGCUUCGCAGUAGCUAAGACCAGGGUCUCAACUCUGAGACUUACUUCCACUUCCAUCUCCACCAGUCUGCGCUACUUCGACGUGACUGCAACCGUAACAAUUACUGACCCCGGAGUUACAAGAACGGCACGCGUUGUGGUUCCCUCCACUUAUACGGAGACUCUCGUCCAAUCUCUGCCCGCGCCCACUGUUUAUUCUACCACUACAGUUGUUCAGCCGUGUGGAUGGUAAUUACAUUCACGACCGUUUUGACAGUGAGCCUGCAGGAAUGCUAUGCGCAUCCAAUGAAAGCCCAUAUGUUUAUAAAAAAAAUUUUUGACUUGUGUGUUUACGAUUGUUUGAUCAAUUUGUUUGAACAUUCUUCAUUAAAUUAAUGAUAUUGAUGAACCCAAUUAAUGAGGGUGAAAUUUGUAUUUCUAAAUAUUUCUAUGAUCAAAUAGGUGCAUCUUUUGUAUCUUUUAGGAUAGAUUUAGUGAGGGGGUUAUUUUUUGGUGUCGGGGGACAUUUUUUCUAUGUAUGCAGUUUAUCAGUGAUUAGUUUGAAAGAGACGACAUUCCAGGAAUUUAGCUGAAUGUUAACAUAUGAGAAUAAUUCAAUAACAUGAAUACUCUCGUUCCUGCGAAUUUGGAAGUAUUCUAUAAAACAUUUGUUGAACGAACAUUGCUGUUUUGAUUUUUUAUAAAACUGUUACAGAGAAACAAAGACAAUUUUUUGUUCUCCUUAACUUGCCAUUUACUUCUAUGGCUGCUAAUAUGAGUUAGCGGUUACAGUGCAGUAGUAAGAAAAUAGCCGAAGGAAUUUUUUGAGAAUCUUCUUAUUUAAUGUAAUUAUUCUUCGUUAGUUGUAUUUUAUGACGCAAUGUCGUUUCCUUAAAAAUCAACUUGAGACUCGUUCUCUUUAAGUUUAUCAUAAUAAAGCGAUACCUGCAUUGUGCGGAUAUAAAAUAGAUAACACAUUACUCUCAUUCAAAUGUUGUAAGAAUUUAACGUAAAAUAGGCGAAAAUUCCAAAGAAAUAUUUUCGAUCUUAGUAUUUUGUUUUGCUGUUCAAUUCGAAUGAAUUUAUUAACUGAGAUUCUUGCUGUUGUUCUGUGUUGAAAAUAAAGCUCGAUGUCUAUA